UCAAAAGUGUGUGUGUGCGUGACUAACGGCCAACGACGGCGACCGGAGCCCUGAAAUAUCUAAGAAAAAGUUGACCGGGAAAAGGGUGGCGGGGCUCACCACCCUAAUAACAACAACACCAACAACAAUAAAAUGGCCCCUAAAUCAUCUCCACACCCCCAGCAAAGAAAGAGUUUUUGCACAAUGGCUGAUGCUUAUGGAGUCCUUUUAAAUUCAACACCAGUUGAGAAGAAUCUUGACCUUGUUUUGUUGGGUCAUAAUAAUAAUGGGAUUAAAGAUGAUUUGUUUUCGCUCGAUUUCCAGCUUCCUGAUUUUCGAAUACCCAUUGCCAAAUUUAUGAAGACAAGGGAAGUUGGGGAAUUUCUUAGUGGUGCAUUGGCGGGGGCUAUGACGAAAGCUGUUCUUGCACCUCUUGAAACUAUCAGGACGAGGAUGAUAGUUGGUGUUGGGUCAAAAAAGAUAUCUGGUAGUUUUCUUGAAGUGAUUGAAAAACAAGGUUGGCAAGGACUUUGGGCUGGCAAUGCGAUCAACAUGAUACGCAUUGUUCCCACACAGGCAAUUGAACUAGGAACAUUUGAAUGUGUGACGCGAGUAAUGACUUCAGUCAAAGAGAAAUGGAGUCAAGAAGAUCAUCCAAGUGUACAGAUCGGUCCUGUAAACCUAAGUUUUUCUCUGGCAUGGCUCUCACCAGUGGCAGUAGGUGGUGCAGCUGCAGGAUUCGUUAGCACCCUAGUGUGCCAUCCUCUUGAAGUCUUAAAGGACCGGUUGACCGUUAGCCCUGACGUUUAUCCUAACUUGAGCAUAGCGGUUCAAAAGAUGUAUAAGAAUGGCGGCAUUGGUUCUUUCUAUUCUGGUCUUUCUCCGACAUUAAUAGGCAUGCUGCCAUACAGUACUUGUUACUAUUUCAUGUAUGAUACCAUUAAGAAGUCUUACUGCACGGCACAGAAUAAAAAAUCUUUAAGCCGUCCUGAGAUGCUAUUGAUUGGAGCACUUUCAGGUUUAACUGCAAGUACAAUCAGUUUUCCUUUGGAGGUGGCAAGAAAAAGGCUGAUGGUAGGAGCUUUGCAUGGGAAGUGUCCACCAAACAUAGCAGCAGCACUAUCUGAAGUUGUGAGGGAAGAAGGUUUGAUCGGGCUUUAUCGAGGGUGGGGUGCAAGUUGUUUGAAGGUCAUGCCAUCAUCAGGCAUCACAUGGAUGUUUUAUGAAGCAUGGAAAGACAUAUUGCUUGGCGAAAACCAUAGACAAUAAUAAGAUAUAAUGGUUGUGAUCCAUCAAAAUGUUCUAUUUUUGUUUUUGAAAACAAGAGAAAAUCUUAAAACAUGUUCCUUUGAAUUUUGUUUAGAGCUCAGGGAAGUGGCAGGCUAUCAUCAUGUUUAACCCUCUUUCAAGUUUUUGUAUGAAGGUGUGGUGAUUUCAGCUUC